CCGAAGGCGCGUGGGGGAAGGAUCGACGGCGCGGGGACCUCGUCCGUCGGCACAGGGGCCCUGCAGCGUCAGGUCUUUUGAGCGACUCCCCCGUCCCUAGCUGCUGUAACUCAAACCUCGCAGCCUUGUCCCAGCCGGAGGCCUGCAGCAUGAGCGUCGAGACCCCCAGGGAGGGGGCACCAGCCCUGUUCUUCCCCUGAGCCUUCCCACUGCGGAGCCAUGGAGCAGCGGGGCUGGGAGCCCCCUAGGAGCAUGGGGGUCUGGGCUGGGAUCGCGCCGAAGGGACCCUGCGCCUGGUAGGAGUCGCCCAGUGCCUGGGGGGUACAGGACGGGGCGUCGACCUGAUCCUCGGCUGCAGGAGGGUCAUGAAUCGAGCCCAGGGCUGGAUCUGCAGGCAGUUGGCCCCCCCACGCUGCAGGAGACGCUGACACUGCAGGUCCCCGCUGUGAUGCUCAUUCGGCUACAGGCUAUGGUCACCUCGUUCCUUUGCGCCCUCCACGCCGCCCCGCUCCGCCUCCCCUCCCCCGCCGGCCCGGACACCGGGGUCCCCUGGGAAGCGCCGGCCCCCUCCCCGGGCGACUGGGAGCUGUCGUCACCCCGCGUGGCCCUGGCCAGCCACGCUCCAGCCGGGCCCCCCCUGCUGCUGCUGCUGGAGGAGCCGGGCGUUCGGGCGGGGCCGGCGAACGGGACGCGGCGGGCGCGGCGGGCCGAGGGGGCGGAGGCGGCCCGCCGGGGCGAGAUGUCUGUGUGCGACAGCGUCAGCCUCUGGGUGACGGACAAGCGCACGGCCGUGGACAUCCGGGGCAAGGCGGUGACGGUGCUGUCCGAGGUGCAGACGCUCACCGGGCCGCUCAAGCAGUAUUUCUUCGAGACCAAGUGCAACCCGGCGGGCGGGACGACAGGCGGGUGCCGAGGCGUGGACCGGCGCCACUGGCUCUCCGAGUGCAAGGCCAAGCAGUCGUACGUGCGGGCCCUGACCGCCGACGCCAACAAGCUGGUGGGCUGGCGCUGGAUCCGAAUCGACACGGCCUGCGUCUGCACGCUGCUCAGCCGCGCUGGGCGGACAUAGCCGGGCUGGGGGGCGGGAGGACUGGAGCCCCCGGCACCCGCCCCACUGGGCUCUGCUUGGGAACUGGAGCGACUCAGGCAAUGUCACUCACACGGACGCCGUGGGUCAGCCCUGGGGCUGGGGGCCAGGCUCGGAGGCUGAGCUGUGGGUCUGGAGGCUGUGGGCGCCGUGGGUCAGCCUGGGGGCUGGGAGCCAGGCAUGGAGGUUGAA